GCUCCAACUCCAGUGGCCUCCAUCCCCUGUCCCAACGUCAUCAUGUCUGCCCGUUCUGGAUCUCUUGAGCCGACGCUCAACCGCGAGUUUGAGCUCGAUCAGCAGGGUCGCAUCUUCGCCGAGUACAUCUGGAUUGGUGGCAAUGGCCGUGACCUUCGCUGCAAGACCAAGGUGCUGGACAAGAUGCCCAAGUCGGUCGACGAUCUCCCCAUCUGGAACUACGACGGCUCCUCCACCGGCCAAGCCCCCGGUCACGACUCUGAGGUCCUCAUCAAGCCCGUUGCCAUGUACAAGGACCCUUUCCGCGGUGGCAACAACAUCCUCGUCCUGACCGCCACUUACACCCCCAACGACGAUGGCUCGAUGCGCCCCUUGACCGUCGUUGAGGAUCUGGCCUCCGUCAACGGUGUCAGCGGUAACAACACCCGCGAUGCCGCCGCCGCCAUCUUCGCUGACCCCAAGGUUGCUGAGCAGGAGCUGUGGUACGGUAUCGAGCAGGAGUACACCCUCUUCGAGGCUGACAAGGUCACCCCCCUCGGCUGGCCCAAGAACGGCUACCCCGCCCCUCAGGGCCCCUACUACUGCUCGGCCGGUACCGAGAACGCCUUUGGCCGCGAUAUUGCCGAGGCUCACAUGCGUGCCUGCGUCUACGCUGGCAUUAACAUCUCGGGCAUCAACGCCGAGGUCAUGGCUGGCCAGUGGGAGUACCAGGUUGGCCCCUGCGAGGGCAUUGCCGCUGGUGAUCAGCUCAUUGUCUCCCGCUACAUCAUGUACCGCGUCUGCGAGAAGUACAACGUUGUCGUCUCGUUCGAGCCCAAGCCCAUGAAGGGCGACUGGAACGGUGCCGGUUGCCACACCAACUUUUCCACCAAGGACUUCCGUGACAAGGACCUCCAGUUCUCCUACACUCCCGUCGAUGGCCCCUUCAAGGGCAAGGAGCAGAAGGGUGCCUUUGGCAAGAUGAUCGAGGCUCUUGAGAAGAUGGGCCAAGUUGCCAAGGAACACAUUCAGCUGUACGGUGCUGAUAACCACCUCCGUCUCACGGGCAAGCACGAGACGGCCGACAUGGACUCGUGGAGCUACGGCGUUGCCAACCGCGGCGCCUCCAUCCGCAUCCCUCGCCAGACCUUCCACCAAGGUUACGGCUACCUUGAGGACCGCCGCCCCGCUAGCAACAUGGACCCCUAUGUUGUCACCUCCAAGUUGGCCAAGACCAUCCUUCUCUAAGCAUCUUUCAUUUUGCGCCCGCGGCGCGACUUGUGCGUGUGAAUGAAUGCUACGGCGCGAUGAUUUUUUCUUCCAGCCAACAUUUUGCAUGACUUCUUCUUUUUUUUUCUUUUUUGUUAAAGUGGUUUUGUCGUUGACCAUGUUCCUUCUUCUGGUAAGAAGAAGUGGUCCCGUUGCUCAUUGCGCACACGUUCUACGUGCGUUCUUUGGUCAUUGCGAAUGGAGAGGAUGAAGCUCCACAUAUAUCUCGACUUUGUCUUCCCUACUCAUUGUUCUGAUUCGAUAGGAUGUCUGUCUUUUGAUUACGUUGCGUGCUGUUUUGCUCCUGACACAUCAGCAAAAAAGCUCAAUUUCUGCAGCAAUCAAAUUUAUCAUGGAAUAUAAAGCCUUCUUCGACAUCAAUCACACACACGCACAAAUGAUGAUUUUUACACAAAACGUUCCUCAGUCAGGUCCUGGAGAUGAGAGACGUGAAAUAUGACACUCGAUAAGAUCUCAACUUUGGACACUGUUCACAACUUUUUUAUGCUACACACACCACACACACACACAUUUGCUAUUUGACUUUGAUCAGCUGUGACAACAAGAUCAAGUGACACACUCCCUGGUGAUGUCAUCAAAAAAACAGGCAAGCACUCGCUCAUAGAUCGACGGCAAACUUGCCACCUCAGCUCAGCGAGCUGCCAAAGUACGCUGUGAGAUGGAACUCAAACGCUUGACCGUACUCAUCAUGCUUUCAAAGGAUGCCUCAAGAUGCUGCAAGCGUCGCAACGCAUCCUCAAUCCCUGCCAUGGUAACAUCAUCAACCACCAGCAAGUUGGUUCGCUCCGAAAUCCACUUUUCCAACAGUUCCAUUUGCUUGCGCGUCUCAAUGAGCUGUCCAAACCGCUCUGCCGCUGAACUGAGCUCAUCCAGCUGAGCGAGUAGAGCUCGCAGUUGCGGCUUGACGUUAAUGUCGCGGAGCAGCAACUGCAGGUCCUGCUUGGGCAAGUGCGCACUCUGCUGAUACAAACGAGCUCCAGCUGCCUGCAGCUCCGUAAAGCUGCUUUGCAGCUCGGCGGCACGCUUACGACAUCCUCACGUCCACGGCGCAAGCGAUCCACGAGCGUGCUAUUCAGCUCCCCUUCUUUAUUCAACGCCUCCAGCUCCACGCUGAGACUCUCCAACUGUUGCAGCUGCUGCUGUUGUGCCUUGAGCAUUUUGCGCGUUGUCUCGUCCUGGUAUAGGCCUGCCGCCGUAUCACGCUGCUCUCGACCCGCCUACAAGCAGGGCAGGU